CAGGAGCAUAAGAAGCAACUCUCAAAAUGAGGAUUCAUAGCCAGCUUUGUUUUCUUGCAAGCCUGGUGCUUGUUAUUUACACUGCACCGAUUUUAAAGUCCGCUGACAAAGAUGAAGCCACCGCAGAGCAUUACCUGCAGAGCUUCUACAAUCUAACAGAUAUAACGAAUGAAACAACAGCCUUCCAAAGAGAGGCCAGUCCACUGAUUGAGAAGAUGAAAGGGAUGCAGAAGUUUUUUGGACUUAAGGUCACUGGGAAGCUGGACAAAGAAACACUGGAGGUGAUGAAGAAGCCCCGCUGUGGAGUUCCAGAUGUUGCUGCGUACUCCACAUUUGGAGGCAAACCCAAAUGGCAGACCAACAGGCUCACCUACAGAAUCGUGAACUACACCCCUGACAUGUCAACUGCAGAAGUGGAUCAAUCCAUAAAGAAAGCGCUGCAGGUCUGGGCCCAUGUCACUCCUCUGAGAUUCAUUCGUAUUAACAAAGGCAUAGCUGACAUCAUGAUCUCCUUUGCUAAAAGAUAUCAUGGCGAUGUUUCCCCGUUUGAUGGACCACUAGGCACAUUGGCUCAUGCUUUUGCUCCUUCUCCUGGAAUUGGUGGAGAUGCACAUUUCGACGAUGAUGAGUUUUUCACAUUCCGCUCAUCUAAAGGUCAUGUCCUGUUCUUGGUGGCCGCUCAUGAGUUUGGUCACUCUUUGGGUCUUUCUCAUUCUGACGUUCCCGGCGCUCUGAUGUUUCCCACAUACAGCUUUACUGAUCCGGAUCGUUUUUCUCUGCCCAGUGAUGACAUCAGAGGGAUUCAGUCGCUCUAUGGCCCAAACAGAGACAUGACCCCCACCCAAACUCAUCAAGAAGUACAAGCAACUCCUAAGGCUUGUGACCCUAAUGUGAUCUUAGAUGCAGAUACAACUCUAACAGAUGAAACAAUGUUCUUCAAGGAUGGCUUUUUCUGGCGUAGAUCUCCGAACAAAACUGUGACGCAACAUCAGAUCAAAAGUUUCUGGGCCAGUGCUCCAGAUAAUAUAGAUGCUGCUUAUGAGGAUCCAGUGCAAGAUAAACUUUUCCUAUUCAAAGGUAGACAAGUCUGGGCAUUUAAUGGCAUCAAUCUUGAGCGCGGAUAUCCCAAGACUCUCAUCAGCUUUGGUCUGCCAGCAUCUGUGAGAGAAGUUAGUGCUGCCGUCCAUGACAAAAACUCAGGAAAAACACUGCUCUUUGUUGACAAGGUUUACUACAGCUAUGAUGAAAAGGCAAAGAAAAUGGACAGAGGGUAUCCCCAACGAGUGGAAAGUGGAUUUCCAGGGUUGACUGGAGAGGUUACAGCAGCCCACAUGUCCAAUGGUUACAUAUAUCUCUACAGUGGGAGAAAUGUGUAUGAGUUUGGAUACAUAGGCGGAGCUUCACUUGUAUGCGUGGGGGGAGGGCACCCACUGGCAGACGAGCCACGAGCACUUUUUUAUAUGUUCUGUAUUUUAUGUAUUUAUGUAACACAUAUUCUAAAUGCUUAUCUGUCACAGUUCUACAGGGACCCGAAUGCAACCACAUUCCUUGGCAGAAUGAUGUUCCUCCCAGAUCUCGAGAAUGAACUGAAGGUCAUGCAGGAGUUUUUUGGACUGGAGGUCACGGGUAAGCUGGACUCGAACACUCUUGAGACGAUGAAGCUGCCGCGGUGUGGAGUCACUGAUGUGGCCAAAUACGGACACUUCCAGGGGAGUCCCAGGUGGAAGCAGAGCGUUGUAACAUACAGAAUAACUGAAUAUACAUCACAGCUGAGCAAGAAAGAGGUGGACGACACCAUCGCUAAAGCUUUCCAGCUCUACAGUGAUGUUAUUCCACUUGACUUCAAACAGAUCUACAGCGGCACGGCCGACAUCAUGAUCCUCUUCAAAGCAGGAUAUCAUGGAGAUUUUUACCCAUUUGAUGGGCCUAAUGGGGUUCUGGCCCAUGCCAACUCACCCGGUCCAGAGCAGGGAGGAGACACACACUUUGAUGAUGAUGAGAGGUGGACCCUGCAUUCACGAGAUAUAAACCUGCUUUUGGUGGCUGCUCAUGAAUUCGGACAUGCACUGGGACUAGACCACUCCAAAGACCCUUCGGCUCUCAUGUACCCAACUUACCGAUAUGUCAACACAAAUGGCUAUACACUUCCCCGUGAUGACCGACUUGGGGUCCAGGCUCUGUAUGGAGUUAGACCAUCAACAAAUAAACCAAAACCAAAACCAGAACCUAAUCCUGGACCGCCUCCACCAGAACGGUGCAAACGUGACUUAGUAUUUGAUGCAGCAACCAGCAUUCGUGGAGAACUGUUCUUCUUUAAAAAUGGUUAUUACUGGAAGAAGGGCUACUACAGUGGACUUUCAAUGAAAGAAGUAAAAACUACCUGGCCAUCCAUUGACUCUGUUGAUGCUGCUUAUGAGUUCAGUGACAGAGACAUUAGCUUCCUCUUCAAAGGUCAGCAGUACUGGGCAGUAAAGGGCACCACUACUUUGCCUGGAUAUCCCAAACCCAUAUCCACUUUCGGGAUUCCCACAUAUGUGAAAAAGAUUGAUGCAGCUGUAUAUGUAAAAUCAACUGGCCGCACUUUGUUUUUUGUUGGAACAAAAUACUGGAGCUUCAAUGAAAGAAAAGCUCAAAUGGACAGCGGCUUUCCUAAAACUAUUCGACAUCAUUUCCCUGGCAUCGGGUCACGGGUGGAUGCUGCUUUUGAAAAUUAUGGUUAUCUGUAUUUUUCAGAAGGUUCAAGGCAAACGGAGUAUGAUUUCACCUCAAAACGAGUGAAUCGGGUGCUGUUGAACUAUGGAUGGCUGGACUGCUACUAAAUAUUUAAAUGAAAAAGAAAUUAAAUUAGUUAAGUUUCAGUAUUCAUAAUAGUGUACCUAUAUUGUUCUUUGUUGUUUGUUUUGUUAUUGUUUUUUUAAAUAAAUCUUAUUAUAAAUAA